AUGGCGACUAGCUGUGGGCUCUUCACCGGUCUGAGACGGUGCGCCCCACACUUCGAGAACUCAGUCAGGUGGAGGAGGCAGCUGUCGUCGCUCUGCUCUUCGUCUUCGCCAGUUGAAAGGCGCAAGGACGACGAGCUCAAGAGCAAGAUUUUUGGGCUAAAAAAUCCGGGUCGGAGCGCAACCACUGUGAUUCAGAAAUGGGUCGACCGAGGCAACAAGGUCUCUGUUCUCGAACUCCGUCGCAUUUCCAUUCAACUCUUGAAAUCUAAUCGCUUCGACCACGCUCUCCAGAUACUAGCAUGGAUGGAGGCUCAAAGCGAUUUUCUACUGUCGCCGGGUGAUCAUGCCACGAGGUUGGAAUCAAUCAUAAAAUUGAAGGGUAUGUUGAAAGCUGAAGAGUAUUUUGAGAAUUUAGCUGCCACAGCUACAAAAAAAGCUGCUUGUCUUCCUCUUCUUCAUGGCUAUGUUGUGGAAAAGGACACAGAGAAAGCAGAGGCUCUGAUGCUGAAGCUUGGUGGGUUGGGGCUGAUUGUGAGCCCUCAUCCCUAUAAUGAGAUGAUGAAGUUGUAUAUGGGCACAUGUCAAUUUAGGAAAGUGCCCCUUGUUGUAGUUCAAAUGAAGAAAAACAAGAUACCAUUAACUGUUUUGUCCUACAACCUCUGGAUGAAUGCAUGUGCCAAGCUAUCUGGGGUUGCUUCAGUAGAGAUGGUUUACAAAGAAAUGGUGAAUGAUGUGAAUGUUCAGGUUGGAUGGAGCACUUUGUCUACUUUAGCCAAUGUCUAUAUGAAAGCAGGCCUUGUUGACGAAGCCAGUUUGGCCCUAAGAAGGGCUGAAGAGAAGCUGUCUGACUGUAACCGCCUUGGUUAUUUUUUCCUCAUUACGCAAUAUACUUCUUUAAAGAUGAAAGAGGACGUCCUGCGUUUAUGGGAAGCUAGUAAGGCGGUACCUGGGAGAAUUCCAUGCACUAAUUACAUGCAUAUACUGUUGUGUUUGGUGAAGCUAGGUGAUAUUGUGGAAGCAGAGAGGAUUUUUACGGAGUGGGAGUUCACCUGCUUAAGGUACGAUGUUCGAAUCUCCAAUGUCCUUCUAGGUGCAUACAUGCGGAAUGGAAUGGUAGAGAAAGCUGAGUCGUUGCAUCUGCACACAUUGCAGAGAGGCGGUCACCCGAAUUAUAAGACAUGGGAGAUCCUUAUGGAAGGAUGGCUGAAAAGCCAAAACAUUGAUAAAGCCAUUGAAGCGAUGAAAAGAGGGUUCAGUAUGUUGCAAGAUUGUCAUUGGAGGCCAUCGGAUGAUACUAUAAUGGCCUUUGCUGGUUAUUUCGAAAGGCAUGGGAAUAUUGAGGACGCAAAUUGGUAUGUCAGAGUUAUCCAUGACUUGGGUUGUGCAAGUUUGCCAUUAUACAAAUCAGUGCUUAGACUGCACCUUUCUGCUCAGAGAUCAGCCUCUGACAUCCUUAAGAUGAUGGAGAAGGACAUGAUUGAGAUGGAUGAUGAGACUUCUGCCCUUGUUCAAGCCUUCGAGGUGUGA